AUGACCUCAUUCUAUGGCAAAAAUGUCCUGAUGCGGUGGCAGCCGGAUCUGACUGGGCACCACGUGGCCCUUCGCUCUCUUGUGAACCCCGAGAUCAUCAGGCACCGAUCAGACCUUUGUGUCAAAAUUCAGCACGAUGGGUGGAAAAACAGGGGCGUGGACAGCAGAGCGCGGAGAAGGUUCCAGGCCCGCAACUUGAUGCCCAGCGCAGGAAGCAGCAGAGAGACAGCGCGGCCGCAGGGGCUUCCGGAGUCCCCGGUGCACAGCGUGGAGGGCCCGGAGCUGCUGCCGCUGGGCUGCGGGUCUUACAGCGUGGAGACUGCGGGCCACGUCUCCUCCAGGAACCGCAAUGCCACCGUGGGAAGAGCGGCCCAAAGCCACCGAGACCAGGACCCUAACGCCAGGCUGCACCGCGGAGCAAACUCAUAG